AGAAAGUUCUGUUUUGAUUGAGGACUAUACCCAUCCAGCGUAUUCAACACAGCAAAUAUGUCCGGACUCGAAGCAAUUGGCAUCGCAGCGAGUAUCAUUCAAGUCGCUGAACUAGGCAGCAAAUUGGCUGUCAAGCUGUGUACCUUCUACCACCAGAUCAAGCAGUCCAAUGUAACUAUACAAAGCUUGUCUACAGAUGUCUCGCUCACUUGCAGCAUCCUUCAACAGCUGGGACACAAUCUUCACCAGGACGCGGAUACAAAAUUGUAUUCAGCCAACGCCGUCGCGACCGCGCAGCAAGUUUUGGAUGAAUGUAAAAAUGUCUUCGAUAAGAUCGACCAUACGGUCCAGGAUCAGAAGGACGGUAAAAGCAAAAAUCCAGUGGUUCGAGCGACGAGAAAGUUUGGACUUGCACUGAUGGAGAGAGAGCUCGAUAUGCUGCGGGGUAAUCUGGAAAGGCUGAAAAGUACGGUGUUGUUGAUGCUGAAUGUUAUCAUCUAUGCAGGCCAGAUACGCCGCAAGUCAGAACCUCUCGCCUUGAAAGAGCAGAAAGAUCUUGUCCAACUUCUCGCGCAAGAGAAAAAGGCCAACGAUGAGAAAUACACUCAGCUUGCAGAAACCAUCCAAUGUUUGAAAGGAAAGGAUGAUCCACAGUCUAUGGCUACUAUCACACUCGCUGCUUCCAGUACGAGUAUUCCACGAACUUCUUCUAAAUCUCCUCUUCUAUCCCAGGAUUUAUUCCCCACAGAGAUCAUAGAGUACUACAGCCUCAUCAAGGGCUUGCUUGAACGAGUUGAUUCAAGCAAAUCAACCCUGGAGAAGAGUCGACAUCAGCGCAUCCGCGACGGAGUCGUUAAUGUCCACUUAGAUGAGGCAGGGACAUUCCAGUCAAUUGACAGACAGAAGCUUUCUCAGCUGUUUGGUGGGGAUUCAUUAUUCAAAAUCGAGCUCCAAGCGUCAUUGUGUGCAAAUGCGGAAAAUGAAAAUAACGGCCGUAUCACUGUCCCUGGUUCAGUGCACUAUAGCACAUACAGUGACGACAGCGAUGCCGAGGCCAGUGUAGGCCUGGAGUUGUUGAAAAUGGCCGAAGAGGAGGACAGACUACAAGAUCAACGUUUGCGAGAGAGAGAUCGAGGCAGACAAUAUGUACAUGCCGAGAAAUCUCCUCAUACUCAGGGGAAUCCCCUUUCACGCAGCCCUCAUCAAAGUCCAGUAGUUGAGGACGACGAGCCCCGGCUUUUUGCUAUGGAUGACUUUGGCGUGCCCCGAGGACGCCCUGAAAGCCAGCCAAGACGUGGCAGUACUCGACGAGGGGGGUUCCAUCAAUGGCCUGAUGAUUCUCAGCCAGACCAAAUCGAUCUGCAUGAUGGCAAAGAGAUUAAGUCCCCCUUUACCCCUGCUAUUCCCUCUCGACUCAAUUCCAACAAUUCCGAUUCGGAUGCUAGUUCCAUUCAUAAAGAUUGGAAUGGAGAACCAAACAACGCUCUUGACAUACUACCCGAGCCCAACUACCGUUCGAGAUCCUGGAGCCGGCCACGAAGUGAAAUCUUCGCUGACAACUUCGCUGACAAUUCAGACGACGAGUCUACGUCUUUCUGUAACUUGAGAAACAGGCGACAUAGCCAGCCAGGGAACAGUGAUGAGUUGGAUACCAUCGAUGAAUUAGUCCUCCAAUGGACUACCCUAAGCAGGGCCGAAUUGAUUAUCUAGCUUUCCGCUGUCAAAAAAAGUGGGACUGGUCACUUCAGCUCUUCGGCGAAGUAGAUGACUGGGAGACAUUGGUUGGAGCAGAGCAAAGGUUACUAUUGGAUUAUUUGGUAAUGUUAUAGUAGGCGAAAUUAUGGUGAUGGUUCAUCACCAAACAUAGUGGGAAUCAGUAUCUUAUUAUAUAUAUUAAUAGAGUAUUUUAUAUGGAAUAUAAAUCUUCUCCUCCCUUAU